AUGCCACCAAAGAAAGGAAAGGUUGUCAGGGAAGAAGCUACUGUCUCGCUCGGUCCUCAAGUCGCAGAGGGCGAGCUCGUCUUUGGCGUCGCGCACAUCUACGCGUCUUUCAACGACACUUUUGUACAUGUUACCGAUCUUUCGGGCAAGGAAACCAUCUCGCGUGUCACCGGUGGCAUGAAAGUCAAGGCUGAUCGUGACGAAUCGUCUCCAUACGCCGCUAUGUUGGCCGCUCAGGAUGUUGCUGCUCGCUGCAAGGAAGUCGGCAUUACCGCUCUUCAUAUCAAGCUCCGUGCUACUGGAGGAACCGGAACAAAGACACCUGGUCCAGGUGGACAGUCGGCUCUCAGGGCUCUCGCUCGUGCUGGCAUGAAGAUUGGUCGUAUCGAGGACGUGACACCUGUCCCGACUGACUGCACUCGCCGCAAGGGUGGUCGUCGUGGUCGUCGUCUCUAG